AUGACUAAGGAAUUUAAGAAAGCAAUGAUGCCGGAAUAUGAAAUGACCGACCUUGGAGCCAUGAAAUAUUUCCUUGGUAUGCAAGUCAAGCAAAGCCCAGGAAGAAUAUUUCUCCCACAAGAGAAAUAUGUAGACGACCUACUUAAAAAGUUCAACAUGAGUGAAUGCAAGUCAUUGGCUACACCAAUGACACUUAAUGAAAAGCUAUCCAAGAAUGAUGGCAAAGAGAAGGUCGAUGCGUCAAUAUAUCAAAGUCUGGUUGGCUCUCUCAUAUAUCUCACACAUACGAGACCAGACAUAGUUCAUUCUGUAAGCAUUGCGUUGAGGUUCAUGAGUGAGCCAAGUAAAGCUCACGUGACAGCAGCAAAAAAGAUUCUCAGGUAUGUCAAGGGAACAAAAAGUUAUGGAAUCAUGUACGAGACAGGAAAAUCACAAGCUUACAGGAUAUACAGACAACGAUUGGGCCGGAAGCAUUGA